AUGGAAGAACGCAAGAAGGAGAAGGUGAAAGCCGCGGCUAAGCGCAUCAAGGAGCAAAAAGAGGCUGAAAAGGACGGGCGCAAACGCCGCAAGGAGCGGCUGGCAGAGCUCAGGCCAGACGGAUACUACAAGGCUCAGGCUCAGAAAGCUUUCAACGCCUUUAUCCGUGCGCGCGACGCCGAUUUGCCAUGCAUCAGCUGCGGCGAGACCAAUCCGCCUGAUCUGCAUGGUGGCCAGUGGGAUUGCGGCCAUUUCAAGACAGUAGGUGCUUACCCUGAACUGCGCUUUGAAGAACGCAACGCCCAUAAGCAGUGCAAAUCCUGUAAUGCCGGAGCUGGCAAGUACACCGCCAAAGAGGCGACCGUGGCGCAGCAAUACGAAGCUGGGUUGGUCGCUCGUUACGGUCAGGGAUACGUCAACUGGCUCAAUGGUCCCCACGAAAUGACCAACUACCGCCGUGAAGACUUCAUCCGGAUCCGGGAUGAGUACCGCGACAAGCUCAAAGCACUGAAACAGCGGGAGGCAGCAUGA